UUUAUCGUUGUGAGUGCUCAAAAUUAUUAUGUAGCCAGAAAAAACUUUGCUUAGAGCUUGCGAUUUUAGGUUCACGUUCUCUGAAUCUUUAACUAUUGCUUAUAAUGGCAAAAGGCAAAGGCAAAAAAGGAAAGAAACCCAAGAAAAGCAUUUUAAAAGCUAGGACUGCACCACCUGAGCCUCCGCCUCCGCCUCCGCCAGCUAUUCCCAAAAAUGUGCCCUACUUCUCUUUCGAUCUUGUCAUAACGCGUUUAGAGGUCAAGGGCAUUGAUUUUGCGGAUCCCCGAAAACUUCGCGUAAAAGUCAACUUUGGCGGCCAAGUCCUUAGCAUCACAGCGAAUAAAACCAACAUCACCGAGUUUAAGCCGAAUGCAAAUCUUGUCUUUCAGUCGGAGCCACCAGAUCUUGUCCAGAAACUCGAAGAAGUGGGUUUGAGCUUUGACGUGGUGUACGACGGCGAAGUGGUUGGCUUAGGUAUGAUGAAACUACCAGAAAAAAUUACUGGAAGAAUUAAAAUUGGCAUGAAGGCUUUCUCAUACACGAGCACAUGCACCCUACAGAAGGAAGGAAAUCCGGUUGGUGGGCUAGAGUUCCUAUGCAAGCUGUUUAUUAGAUGUGGAGACUAUGCUAGGGAGGGCGAAACCUGUUCUAAUUUGGACAGACAUCUUAGUCCGAAGGAUAUAGUCUUCGUUGUUGGCAAAUCGAGGAACUGUGGAGUAGGGAACUGCGAUCCCUGCAAAGAAGCUCUGGAGAUGGAGGAAAGAAAGAAUAAGGACUAUACAAUAGAAGCAAGAUCUGGCCAUAAAUAGAACAAAAUAAAUAUUCACUGGUUACAUCUUACUCAUGAGAAAAUUCUUAAAGGUUUGGUAAAGAAAAAUAUAUUUAACUAACUUAAAAAUCUAAA